AUGUCUUCAAGGCUACCUGCGUCAUACCCGCUUCCUGCGCCCCAAAACAUCCGAUUCCGCCGUACCUGCCUGGAAGCUCUACACACCCACAUACGUCGUAGCUUCGCCUGUCGAGAAGCAUCAAGACUCUGCCUGAGCAUUGGCAUCGAACAUUUCGAGCUACACCCGUCAAAAAGAAGGCUAUUUCGGCUUUCUGGGAACAGCACAACUCACCACACCAGGAAGGAGCGGCGGGCAGGACGAUUCCGGCCGGGCACAUCAGCCUCUUCUCACUGCUGCGCUUCACAACCGCCGGGCUACGCUCUGCGAUUUGUACCAUGA